AUGAAGGACAACAACCUGUUGAACAACCCCUUGGAUGUAUACAGAAAAGAGAAAAUCAAUGGGGACGAUGUGAAUGCGACAGAGAGAGACCACCAGGAGGAUGACAGAAAAAAGGAAGAAAAGCAGUUCCUCCAUGUUGACUCGCUAAGUGAAAUUUCAGUCUCGACUGUGAGCAACAGCACAGGCAUCGACUCAGAUUUAUAUAUGAGUGUUGUCCGGAAAAUUAAAAAAGAAAAAAGGCAAAGAAGACGAGAACGAGAAAGGGAGAGAAGGAGGGCUGAGAAGAGGAAACGGGGAAGCAAGACAAGGAGCAGAACGGGGAGCGGUGGUAGAAGUGGAAAGGAGGACCAGCUGGAGCGGCAGGAGGUUCUGGUGGAUGAAAUGGAUGAACGAAGAGUAGGAACUGAGAAGAAACAAAAAGUAGGAGAAUACAAAGAGCGAGAGAAUGAUAGAAAGGAGGAUAUCGUAAGAAGGGACAAAAGGGAAGACAGAAAAGUAUCCAAGAGGGAGCAUAAAGGGGUAAGCGAAAGGGAUCAAAAAAAGGAGCACAAAAAUGACGACCAAUCAGAGGAAAGGAAGAAGAGGAAGAAGAUAGAGUCAACAUACGAGAAUAGGUCAAAUGAAGACAGAAGGACGAAGAGAAAAAGAGCUUCGAAGGAUAGCUACGAUAGCGACAGAAGACACAGGAAGCAAAAGGAUGGAGACAGGAAAAAAAAACACAAGAGAUCCAGAUCGAGGACAAAAAGUUCUUACGACGAACCCAUUCCCAAGGACCCCUUCAAUCCCCUGCUUCUGGCGUACGAAAAGAGGAAAAAUCACAGGCACAAAAAAAUGAGUGAUGAAGGAUCAAUCACAAGCGAUAGGUGGAGGCACGACAGAUAUGAAAGCUCAUCUGGUGAAGAUGUCGCUCCCGUUAGAGAAGCAAGACCAAAUAAACCUGACCCCAAAAUGGACUUGCAACAUGUGAGGAAAAAUUUGUGGAAGUCUAAGGCGGGGGGCGUCUGCAUUCCUCAAAUAAGCGAAGAUGCAAACUGA